UGUGCUCUUUUGCCAGGGUUCCUGCUGGGUUCAAGUCUCUGCUUGCUUAUUUUUCAGGUGACAUUACAGAACACUCACGAGCCUUCAGUGGAGGUCAACACAACAGAUUGGCUCCAUGGGGAACACUGUCUUCGUGCCCGAACAUCCUUUAGAAAUGAAGACAAGUGGAGCAAUUUCUCGGAACCAGUUUGCCUGUGGUUGCCUGAAGAAAGAAAAUGGGAAAUUGUUGCCAUUCCUUUGCUUGCUAUACUGGCUACUGGUGCUGUGUUGCUUAUCUUCUAUUACAACCACACGAUCAAGCAAGUUGAGACGCCUUCAGCUUUGGAUUUUUCUAAGUACCAGCACCCAACGUACCUGCUGAAAUUUAAUGAAAGGAAGUUGACCAUACAGAAGGUCGACUUUAUUCUGGAACCGAAAAUCACACCUGCCCUGUCAACUCUUUCAGUGGAUUCUUUGUCAAAAGAAAGUGAAGACAGCGAGGAUGUGGAUGAUAGUAGUAGCCACAUUCCUUACACAAAAACUCUUCGAUUCCAGAAGAAGGAUGAAAACUGCUCAACGGUUGGCACUUUUCCAACAUGUUCCGGCUCUUCUUCUGGAUCUGGAGAUUCUCAGCGAAGUGGAGAAAGCUGGCCAGCUGCAACAAUGUCAAAGCCCUUUUUUACAGCAGAAUGGAUGACAGCGGGUGCUUCUUCUGGACUCUUAGAGAAGACUUUCCUUUCUGAGGACUCCAUUAUGGAUGAAUCAGUUAGCUUUGCAGAUGACUUCUCAGCUCCUAGUAGAGAAGGUCAAGAAAUUACAAACAGUGAUGUCGACUUUUUGAACCAGUUAAUAUUAUCAGAAAGUCAUGGCUUGUGCUUUUCCACAGGUUUGCAAAUUAGAACUGGAGGAGUCCAAUGCAGAAGCAUUUGUGCAAGUCUAGAAAACUCACAGACAUCUCUUUGUAGUCAGCCUGAAAGGCAGUUUAUAGAAGAAUGGAGAUGUGAAAAUGACUCUAGCAGUCAUGAGUCUGUCCGGCAAGAAACAUCUCUGCUUGAUGUGUUUUGUAAAGACAGGGUUGAAAAUGGAGAACGGGUUGAAAACAAUACUCUGAAAUCUACAGGCCACAAUUAUCAACCCAGACAAGGACAUUACAUUUCAAGAACCUGAUGCCAGUUACUGGUAUGUAUUCUAAGAGUUAGAGAAGAUCUUGCCAUGAUUUUUCUGAAAGAUCCUUUGGUGAGAGUUGUACUUUAAAAAUCCCAGUCAAAUUCUGUUUGGAAUCAGAAUGAACCAAACAGGACAGAGAUUAUAGUUACAUUCUAUUUCUAGGUUGCCAUAUUCUUCCAUUACAUCUUAUUCUACAAAACAAAACAAAGCAAAACUGAACUUUCCUAAGUGAAAUUCCAUUGAGAUUGAAAACCGGAACAGUGGUGUUCAUUAGUGAUUUUGUCAUGGAAAUUAGAAUUUUCCUAUGGAGAACUGGAAUUCUUGGAAAAGUGAGUGUUGUUUCCCAACUGACUAUUGGGAUGUUCAGCUAAAAAAUAUCAUAUUUUGGAUAUCCAUAUCCAUUUCUCCAUUUGUGAAUAGUUGGAUAUGUUUUCCCCAUCUAUUUUAGUCUUUUUUUGAACAGUGAUUUCUAAUCAGAACUGUAACUAGCCAUUUGCAACUCUCUUUAGUGUCCACAAAUUGGUUUAAGCUUGCUGACACCAAUAUGUGAACAAAUAACAGUUCAGUCUGAGAUCAAGAAUUGAGAACAGGAAAUACAGAAGGUUCUUGUGGAAACAUUAAGCAUUGCAUUAUGUGAGCUAAUCCAGACUGGUGCUGUUCUUUUAAGGUGAAAGGCAUAGUUUCUAGAAUUGAGGAAGAGAUAAAGAUAAUAUCUCCCUCUUUUAGAGAAAGUUCUUUCAACCUCAAACUAGGCCUUAAUAACCUUUUUUUCAUCAACUCAUUGCAAAGACAAAAAAGAAAUGUCAGAUAUGCUCUUUAUUGUGCAAUUGUAUGCACACAAACUUGGAUCUAAGUUUAUAUUGAAGUGAAAUACCAAUAAAGGAAAAUACCUGUAGCUAAGGGUUGAAAUUAGGGGGUCCUUGGUGUUCUCUGAGCUUGUUUUGUUUUCUUGCAGGCAUUUCAUCACCCAACUAGAUAACAUCAUCAGCGCUAGUGUUGCUAGUACUGCUAAAUGCUAGUGAUGUUAUUACUGAUGAUGUUACCUAGUUUGAGCAAUGAAAUGCCUGCAAGAAAAAAAGCAAUCUCAGAGAGCACCAAGGACGCCUAACUGUGAAGUAUUUCAAACCAAGAGCCACUCUCAGAUUCUAAAUAUUAUUAUAAAAUGUCUUUGUGUUUUAUGCCUUCAUUUACAUCUCAUAUUGAGAUUGCCAUGUUGUGUCUCUCAUUGGUUGGGGCAACAAAAUUCAUGGACCAUUGUAGUUCAGAGUUGAACUAUAACUCUUUGGUGCCCUGUAAUACCGGAAGUGAUGAAA